UCUACAGAAGCUUGAAAAUGUCUGGACGAGGAAAGACCGGCGGUAAAGCUCGUGCUAAGGCCAAGACCCGCUCCUCCCGGGCCGGGCUCCAGUUCCCGGUGGGCCGCGUCCACAGGCUGCUCCGCAAGGGAAACUAUGCGCACCGGGUGGGAGCCGGAGCUCCGGUGUACCUGGCCGCUGUGCUCGAGUACCUGACCGCUGAGAUCCUGGAGCUGGCCGGGAACGCAGCCCGCGACAACAAGAAGAGCCGCAUCAUCCCCCGCCACCUGCAGCUCGCGGUCCGCAACGACGAGGAGCUCAACAAGCUGCUGGGGGGAGUCACCAUCGCUCAGGGCGGAGUGCUGCCCAACAUCCAGGCGGUGCUGCUGCCCAAGAAGACCGAGAAGGCCGCCGGCAAGAAGUGAGCAGCGCCCCGGUCCUCACCACCACACAACGGCUCUUUUAAGAGCCACUCACCCUCCCUGAAGAGCUUAUUGUCCCCGUUAGAAACACCAGUUUACCGCUGCAGCACAAAGUCAAUAUCCUAGAUCGUCCAGUGAUCAGCAGGUCAUUCACACUCAGUCACUUCAAUAAACAAUAACAUCGUUAAUUCAAAGACCAAGAUGGAGAAUGCUGGAAGUUCAAUCUUCAACCAGGUGGUAGUGAUGUUCAGCUGAUGGGACCUCUGUAAAACUCCCAGUUUAGAACCAGAGGAGAACAUGUCUGCCCCAGUAGAUGACAUGUUAGGGACCAGCUCACCCUCACCCACGUCACACAUUGUAACACGAAUCCAUGAAUAGUAGAUGUUGGUAAAUGAGCGUAGACGCAUAGUAAAGUAAUCACUUAAGUAAUAAAGAAGUAAAUCUUAAUCCAGGAUUUAUGAACCUAAAUUCUGACAAAUUAAUGAUAAUUACUUUGAUGUUUCCAGUACGAGAUUUCACAUCAAACCAUUCAAAUACUCUAGGAGAUGUGUUGAGGUCAUUUUGUUUUUACUGUUUAAUAGCCAUAAUCGCUUUUAAAUAAAACAAGG